AAUCAGGGGAUGUCACUUCCAAAAACAUGGCGUCUCAAUACCUCGGAAAAUCCGUGGAUUCGAUACCGUUCUGACCGAGUGCGACUUUGAAAGGACAGUUAGUGGACAACUAUGCACCAUGAAAUAUUUUUAAUGAAGUAGAAGAUUCUGAUGCACUUAUUACUAAACACGAUGCAUCAAAUGGUUUGAUCAACGUGAGGAACUAUUGAGAAAGUGGGACAAUAGUCGAUACUAUUAUUACAUAGCGAAGAAUUCUAGAACACCAUGAAAGUGGUCUGUGUGAUUGGUGUCAAUGGUGAUAGCAAAGGCCUGGAUGCCAGUGGUGACAGCAAAGGUUUUGUAAAUGCAGAGCUCCUGGCAGCACGACAAAAGGCCUUGUCUGAAAUUGAAAAUGCCUGUAAAGGUGCUCAAGCCACCUUAGAAGUGAUCCAGUUUCAGAAGCUUGAUUUUGGGGAGACAUCAGUGCUAGAUGUAUUCUACAAUGCUGAUGUUGCCAUCGUUGACAUGUCUAUCAGCAUGCAGCAAGCUCCUCUAUUCUAUCAUAUUGGCAUCCGCCAAAGCAUGGGAAUGGGACACAAUGUUGUCAUACAUUUUGACCAGGACCCAGAGACUACAUUGUCCUUAAGGCUUUCAUGCUCAACCGGUGUAACAUUUCUGCCAUAUCAAAUAGACUCGUGUGGGUUGUGCUAUGUAGUUGACACUAUGGCACCUCGCAUGUCUGUCAUUGGAGAGUUCUGUGUCCACCCAGAAGGACCAUCCCUUUCAAGGCGCUUAAGGGCUGUGCUAAGUGAUGUAGACAAAGAAAAUAUAGCCCAUUCCAAAGAGAGGUUCCUAAAUGAUCUGCGGAAAGUCCGUGACACAUACAAAGGGGAGGAGCUGAAACAGGCAUUGAAGGGGAUGAGGCGACGACUGGAUGAUCCAGAGCUCUUGUCACUGGAUGCAGUAUUCAACAUGCUUAUUUCUUUCAGAGACAUCCAGGAUUACCAGUCCAUGGUGAAGUUAGUGGAUGAUCUGGAAAAGGUGCCAAAUGUGUCAAUUGGCAACGCACUGGGUAUUCAGUACCUCUACGCUUUUGCACUAAACAGAAAUGGAGCUCGUGAUAAAGCACUCACUGUUAUUUUAAAGGCAGUACAUGAAACAGAAACCCCUGUCCCAGACAUGAUAUGUCUUUGUGGACGCAUUUAUAAAGAUAAAUUUGUGGAUUCUGAUUAUACCAGCCAAGAAGACCUCGAAAAUGCUAUCAAUUGGUAUCGCAAAGGUUUUGAGGUUCAACCUAAUGAGUAUGCAGGUAUCAAUUUGGCCACUCUGCUUGUCAUUUCUGGAAAGGACUUUUCAACUUGCUCAGAACUACAGAGGAUUGGCAUCACACUCAACAACCUGAUUGGGAAGAAAGGGAGUCUGUCUUCUUUGACUGACUACUGGGAUGUGGCCACAUUUUUUGAGAUCAGUGUCUUAGCUGAGGAUUAUGCGAAAGCCUCACAGGCAGCAGAUUGCAUGUACAAACUAGAGCCUCCUGACUGGUAUCUCAAGUCUACUAUAGGAAAUAUCACUCUGAUUGAUAGAUUCCGCAAGAAGAAAAACACUGGUUCAAGCAAGGAUCAUCAGACCUUUGCCUUCUGGAUGGAGUUUUUUAGUGAAGCAGCCUCACCUGCAGAUCACUUGAGUGGAAGCCAAUUUCCUGUCCUCAUCUUAGAGCCUAGACAUGUUUUUGUCCCCAGCUACAUACAGGUCAACAUGCAUGCAGAUGUGCAAGACAGGAGUGUACGACUGUGGCAUGUGUACCAAGAUCCCAAUGAUUACAUUCCCAGUGACUGGACCUUUCCUGCUGAUACAAUCAAGCGUGUCAGCUUGUACAAGCGAGACAGUCGUGCCAUUUUCUUGUACAUCCAGGAUAUUGCAGAUGAUGAUUUUCACAUUUUCUUUUCAUGUGAAUCCCAAGCACAAAGGUUCUAUUCAAGCAUGAGUGAGCUAUGUACAAGUCCUGACUGCAUUGUUGAUGAAGACAGCAUCGAGGAUGUUGUUGAGUAUGUCUAUGAUGAGGAUGACAAGGGAAAUCGCAUCCUGUUAGGACGAGGAACAUAUGGUACAGUCUAUGCAGCAAGGGAUAAAAAGACCCAAGUAAAAAUUGCCAUCAAAGAAGUACCAGAGAAAUUCCAACAAGAAGUGCAGCCUCUGCAUGAAGAAAUUAAGUUGCAUAGUCGCUUGAGUCACAAGAAUAUUGUGCGGUACCUGGGGUCGGUGAGCGAGGAUGGCUUUUUUAAGAUCUUCAUGGAGCAGGUGCCUGGAGGAAGUCUUUCACAGCUUCUGCGUUCAAAAUGGGGGCCACUCAAGGAAAAUGAAGUGACAAUAGCAUUCUACACCAAACAGAUUCUAGAAGGCCUUAAGUACCUGCAUGACAACAAGAUUGUGCACAGAGACAUCAAAGGGGACAAUGUGCUUGUCAACACUUAUAGUGGUGUUCUCAAAAUAUCCGACUUUGGGACAUCCAAACGUCUGAGUGGCAUCAACCCAUGUGCAGACACAUUUGCUGGAACUAUUCAGUAUAUGGCCCCAGAAGUCAUAGACAGAGGUUCUCGUGGAUAUGGUCCUCCAGCUGACAUCUGGUCACUUGGAUGCACAGUCAUUGAAAUGGCUACUGGCAAACCACCUUUCAUAGAGCUGGGAUCACCGGAGGCUGCCAUGUUCAAAGUGGGUUUCUACAAGAUGCACCCCCAAAUACCUGAGAGUAUGUCCUCACGAGCCCAGGAGUUUCUGCUGAGGUGUUUUGAACCAGACCCUUUAAAUAGAGCCAGUGCAAGUGAACUUCUUGAACAUCCUUUCAUACGAGAGACUCUUGGUCACAAGAAAAAACGGAGAAAAGUGAAAGAUGACCAUGACUUUUUGAGGAGUGCAUCUGAGCCUUGUGACAAAAAUGUUGAGCAGCUGAAACUGAAAAUACCUCAAAUAACCAGGUUAAAAACAGAAGCUUCAUGCAGCCUUGAAAACAUUUCAUCAGAUGAAUUAGAAACCAUUGACGAAGGAGGCUUUUUAAAUAUGCCUCAGUUGAUCCUGACUCCAGCGGCUAGUAGCUGCGAUCUGACUUCUCUAGAUGACAUUUCCAGAUCAUUUUGGAGUUACCAUGCUUGCUGCAGCUCCUUUCGCAGGCGAAGCCAUUCGGACAGCCUUGCUCAGGGCAGCAGAAGCUUCAGUGAUGGUGAGCUGGACAGGCACGAGGAGAGCAAAACCAAGCGUGUGAAGACAAGAAAUAGGCUCAGGAUAUUUUAUUUGAGUUCACCGACCAGGAGCAGAACUCCCAGUGUGGAGUCGAUCCUUUCUGCAGAAUCUAGCCCAGUAGCAACAUCCCUUUUGUCACCCGAUGUUGAUGGCCACGAGAGUCACCUGUCCAAGGAGAGUGGCUUCUACUUGUUACGAAAGGACUCAGAACGACGAAGCACUUUGGUUCAUAUACUGGGUCAGGACAUGGAAAAGAUCUGUCAAGUCUGGCUGGAGCUUCUACAUCGAGAUGCCACCAUCUCUCACCCUAAGCUUACAACUGAGCAUCUUAAGUAUCUGCUUUCUGGAAUAAAGGGUUACAUACUUAACACCUGCCAAGAUUCACUGAGAGAAGCCUUGGGUCAGCUUCGUGAAGAUUUGCAGUUUGAUGCAUCAGCUCUUAUGGAAAUCAUGCUGGCUCUUUACCAUGCCCAGGAGGCUGUGAGCUUCAUUCUGAAGACCCACAACAUCAAGCCACACUGGAUGUUUGCACUUGACAAUCUUGUGCGGGGAGCAGUUCAGAUGGCUAUCACCAUCUUGUCUCCAGACCUUGGGGCAAAUUUGGCAGGCAAUCAAAAUGCUGAAGAUGAAGUUGUCACAUCAGGAGUGUCAUCUGCAAACUCUGCUGGCAAGCCUUUGGUUUACAAGAAGAUGGCAUUACAGGAACUGUACAAGGACUAUGACAGACUUCAUGAGGAGUCUUUGAGAAUGAUGCAGGAACUGAUUGAUGUCCAGAAGGCUCACCAGCAGCUUCUGAGUCUUGUGCUCCAAGAGAAGAAAAUAUCGCUGUCACAGUUACAAGUAAUUCGUGCUCAGGGUGUUGGAGCUAUUCAGGAAGAAAGAAAAGUUACAGAGCCAGAAACAGUCGUUUCUCACAGUCAGCCAGCGUUGGUGGCUUGGAUGCGUGAACACAGUUUCGAUCAGGAGGCCAUCAACAAGGUAUGUGAUGAGGAAUACACACUACAAGAUUUGCUGGAACUUGUCACCUGGGAUGAUUUACGAGGAAUGAACCUCAGAGGUGGAGUCCGUUGUCGGCUGUGGAGAGCCAUCCUGGAGCACAGAACACGAAAGCGAGAAGAAGGCUGAUCACUUUUAGAGUUAGGAUUUUUUGGGAGGGGUUGAUAGAGACAUCUGUGAAUGGAAUCCAUUGUGAACAAUCACUGUUUUCCUCUCUAAUGAACAUGUGUAUGUGCUUGCUGUUCAUUGCCAGUAUUAGCUCAGGGGAAUGGAACUCCCGUUCAUUCUAUUCAUCCAGCUACCAUCAGCAUUUAGCUGGUUUUCCUUCACUUAUGUUCUCAUGUGCUUGAGUUCUUUUCAGUCUAAUCAUGGUCUUUCAUUUUGUUCUAAAUUUGUACCCACAUGUAAUUCGUUCUUUCUUUGUUGCAUGCACACUUUAAUAUCAAGGGGUCUUUCCUGAUACUUGUUGCUGUGGGCCUGUGCAUGUGAGGCUGGGAUAUGUCUGUGUGGGAUGUCUGAGAGUGCAAGAGAAAGGGCAUGCUGUAGAAGGUAGAUGAAUGAGCAAAGUGCAAUCUCCAGCUGAUAUAAACAAUUUGCAGAAGAGUUUAAAAUAUUAUAACAGCUCUAAAGAUAUACAGAGAAAAAUAAAUUGUAAAUUCUUUAAAAGAAACUGGCAUUCAUAGCAGAGUGUCAGCUGUGAAUACUCAAGUUCCUAAUAUAAAAAUAAGCACCUGCCAGUUUUGCACAUGUAUAAUUUACAGUAUAUAGUUACAUGCAAAAAUAUUGAAAGUGUAUAUGUUCAUAUUUGCACCUUUGCAAAUGGAGAGUAGAAACAAGCAAUACAGAUAUUACUCUAACGCCUGUUAUACAGGACAGUGGGUAUGACUUGCAACCUCCUGCAAGUAUAGUCUGUCACAGUUGCCCUAGGAGCAGAGUUAGUGCAAAAUAAGAUUAAUUAACUGUAUUGUGAGCUUUGCAUCUUUGUUACAAUCCAUUUGUUUAAGUGCCUGCCAGCUUAUUGAAUUCCCUCUCUGCUUUGUUAGAUCAUUUGUGCUGAAAGAAAUAUGAGCAUAAUUGUCUCAACAAGUACAAUUCACUUUAAAGUGCCUGUGUAUCAUGUAUACAGAUAAUGUUGAAUAAACUUAUAAAAUUGC